AUGGUCGAGAAAAUGGUCCUGAUCCAAAUUCAGUUGUCUCAUCUCAGCUACAUCUGUUGCUGCCCAAUCUACUAUCCCCAUAAAGUCCAUGCGCUUGCCCUGGGGAUCCCAUGUCUGCCCAAGCACAUGGUCACUGCCCAUGGAGCUUUGCAAAAUUGUAGGCUGAACAAUUUGGAAGCGACCAUGUGUUUUGGAAGGCGUGGAAUCUCCUGCGAAGUGCUUGGUCUUCCUGGGUAUACUAGAUUGAGGCGCCUACGACGGCGAAAGCGAGCACGCCUUCAAAGACAAAGACAGAUGAAGAACAUGCUGCUCAACCCGAUAAGAUCGUCUGAGGUUGAAUGUCGUCGAUUGAAAUUCAACGUUGACGACACGCCGCCAACAAUGUACUUCAAAUGUGGAGACACAAAUUGUUGGUUUGAUGAUUUUCCGAAUGUAAUCGUGUACUUCAGCGGAUUGAAUGCGAUUGCGAAAAGCCGUUGGACAAAAAAGUUUACGUGA